AUGUUUCUACCAACAAGGAUAAGUAAGGACAAUCAGUGGCGCCAACAACUUGACUCGCUGCCAAAGAGGCAAAAACAGAAGCCAGACCGGGCCAAACGCGAAGCCAAAAGAGCCGAACAGGCAAGAACGGGCCUUAAGAUCAAACUUUCUCUUGGAUCCAGACAAAAGAAAGCCGCCUCUCCUGCGCCAAAAAUCUCCUCAAUCAAGCAAAAGGCGCUUGCUAAAGCUGAGGACCCUACCGUCACGAAUGAGGUGGAGGAGGAAAUUGAUGAGUGGGACAUACCUGCCAGUUAUGUCUUGGCCCGUACACCGGAAUGGAAGCCGCUCAAGUUAAAAUUCGACUUUUCCGCGAAGAAGAUAUCUGGAGGCCGUUAA